AUGCAUUUUUACAAAGCUUGUUUUCUGAUUUUUUUACUGAAUAUUCUAAACUUGAAGACUAAUGCUGAAUUUCGUGACACUGUGAUCCCGACAAAUCUACGCGAAUCUUACAAAAGUAUUUCGGGAAAUCGAGCCGAGAAUCUCGACAAUAACAUCAGAUUGUUAACUGUCUUGGCCUUACAACAAAAUGGAUGGCAUUUGUAUGGAUCUCAUUGGUAUCGCCUUUAUGAAAUGGACUUGCAUUGGAUUCCUGCUGAGAAUUACUGUCGCUCUAUGGGAGGUCAUCUUGUAAGCAUUAUGGAUAAAGCUGAGAAUGAUUUUGUUCAUCAAAUAAGAAGAAAGAAUAACAUUUGGAUUGGAUUGAACAAGAUAAACGAUACUCAUCAAGUCUAUAAAUGGAGUGAUGGAUCUGCGGCCGAUUAUAUCAAUUGGGAUUCGACACAACCCAAUGAGCCCCAGGUGAAUUGCGUCUACAUGGCCUACAACCAGGACCACACCGGUACAUGGUUUGACUACGGAUGCUGGGAGCACAAGCCACAAUUUUUCGUGUGUAAAUUAUCAACCCCG